AUGAUGGCGGCGGCGCUGGGUCCCCCAGAAGUGAUCGCUCAGCUGGAGAACGCAGCCAAAGUUCUGAUGGCACCACCUUCCAUGGUCAAUAAUGAACAGCGCCAGCAUGCAGAGCACAUAUUCUUAUCAUUUAGGAAAUCAAAAUCGCCAUUUGCAGUUUGCAAGCAUAUUUUGGAAACUAGUAAAGUGGACUAUGUCCUUUUCCAAGCUGCCACAGCCAUAAUGGAAGCAGUCGUACGAGAGUGGAUUCUCUUGGAAAAAGGUAGCAUCGAGUCACUGCGAACAUUCCUUUUAACCUAUGUCUUACAAAGGCCUAACCUCCAAAAGUAUGUUCGGGAACAGAUUCUAUUAGCAGUAGCAGUAAUUGUAAAACGAGGAUCAUUAGAUAAAUCAAUUGACUGCAAAAGCAUUUUUCAUGAAGUCAGCCAGUUGAUAAGUAGUGGCAGUCCCACUGUGCAAACUCUGGCCUGUUCUAUUCUAACUGCAUUAUUGAGUGAAUUCUCAAGUUCAAGUAAAACUAGCAACAUUGGACUGAGUAUGGAAUUCCAUGGUAACUGCAAAAGAAUUUUUCAGGAAGAAGACCUUCGUCAAAUCUUCAUGCUAACUGUCGAAGUUUUGCAGGAGUUCAGCAGGCGGGAAAACCUAAACGCUCAGAUGUCUUCAGUAUUUCAACGUUACCUUGCACUAGCUAAUCAAGUCUUGAGCUGGAAUUUCCUUCCUCCCAAUUUGGGCCGACAUUAUAUAGCCAUGUUUGAAUCUUCACAAAAUGUGAUGUUAAAGCCAACAGAGUCCUGGCGCGAGACUCUUUUGGACAGCCGAGUGAUGGAGCUUUUCUUCACAGUACAUCGAAAAAUCAGAGAAGAUUCAGAUAUGGCACAAGAUUCUCUACAGUGCCUUGCCCAGUUAGCUUCUCUUCAUGGACCCAUCUUCCCUGAUGAAGGAUCACAAGUUGAUUAUCUAGCACACUUCAUUGAGGGAUUACUGAAUACUAUCAAUGGAAUUGAAAUAGAAGAUUCUGAAGCUGUGGGAAUCUCCAGCAUUAUCAGCAACCUGAUAACUGUGUUCCCUCGAAAUGUUUUAACUGCCAUUCCAAAUGAACUUUUCUCCUCCUUUGUUAACUGCCUCACACACCUCACUUGUUCUUUUGGGCGAAGUGCUGCAUUGGAAGAAGUGCUUGAUAAAGAUGAUAUGGUAUAUAUGGAAGCAUAUGAUAAAUUGUUGGAAUCCUGGCUAACUUUGGUCCAAGAUGACAAACAUUUCCAUAAAGGCUUUUUUACCCAGCAUGCAGUUCAAGUUUUUAAUUCCUAUAUUCAGUGCCACCUAGCUGCUCCAGAUGGCACCAGGAAUUUGACUGCCAAUGGUGUGGCCUCUCGUGAGGAAGAAGAAAUAAGUGAACUUCAAGAAGAUGAUCGAGACCAGUUUUCUGAUCAACUAGCCAGUGUAGGAAUGCUAGGAAGAAUUGCUGCAGAACACUGUAUACCUCUUCUUACAAGCUUAUUGGAGGAAAGAGUUACAAGACUCCACGGUCAGUUACAACGACAUCAGCAGCAAUUACUUGCUUCACCUGGCUCAAGCACCACUGACAACAAAAUGCUUGAUGAUCUGUAUGAAGAUAUUCACUGGCUCAUUUUAGUGACAGGCUACCUCUUAGCUGAUGAUACUCAGGGAGAGACUCCGCUAAUACCUCCAGAAAUAAUGGAAUAUUCCAUUAAGCAUUCAUCUGAAGUUGACAUUAAUACAACACUUCAAAUUUUGGGAUCUCCAGGAGAAAAGGCUUCUUCCAUCCCAGGGUACAACAGAACAGAUUCUGUGAUUAGGCUGUUAUCUGCCAUUCUAAGAGUUUCAGAAGUUGAAUCUCGAGCAAUAAGAGCAGAUCUAACUCAUCUACUAAGCCCCCAAAUGGGGAAAGAUAUUGUUUGGUUUCUAAAACGCUGGGCAAAGACUUAUCUCCUGGUGGAUGAAAAACUGUAUGAUCAGAUAAGUCUGCCAUUCAGUACAGCAUUUGGAGCAGAUACAGAGGGUUCUCAGUGGAUUAUUGGCUACCUCUUACAAAAAGUCAUCAGUAACCUCUCAGUAUGGAGUAGUGAACAGGACCUUGCAAAUGACACCGUACAAUUACUUGUUACUUUGGUUGAAAGAAGAGAAAGGGCAAAUUUAGUAAUUCAGUGUGAGAACUGGUGGAAUUUAGCUAAGCAGUUUGCAAGACGAAGUCCGCCUCUUAAUUUCUUGUCGAGUCCUGUGCAGAGGACACUGAUGAAGGCCCUAGUUUUAGGAGGUUUUGCACACAUGGACACAGAGACCAAACAGCAGUAUUGGACAGAGGUUCUUCAGCCACUUCAGCAGCGAUUCUUAAGAGUAAUAAAUCAGGAAAACUUCCAGCAGAUGUGUCAGCAAGAGGAAGUCAAGCAGGAAAUCACUGCCACGUUGGAGGCGCUCUGUGGCAUUGCCGAGGCUACCCAGAUAGACAAUGUAGCAAUCCUUUUUAAUUUUUUAAUGGACUUCCUUACCAAUUGCAUUGGAUUGAUGGAAGUUUACAAAAAUACCCCAGAGACUGUAAAUCUCAUAAUAGAAGUUUUUGUUGAAGUUGCACAUAAACAAAUAUGCUAUCUGGGAGAGUCCAAAGCUAUGAACUUAUAUGAAGCCUGCCUUACUUUGUUGCAAGUAUAUUCUAAGAAUAAUUUAGGGAGGCAAAGAAUAGAUGUUACAGCAGAGGAAGAACAGUACCAAGACCUGCUUCUCAUCAUGGAGCUUCUUACUAACCUCCUAUCAAAAGAGUUCAUCGAUUUCAGUGAUACUGAUGAAGUGUUUAGAGGACAUGAGCCAGGUCAAGCAGCAAACAGAUCGGUAUCAGCUGCUGAUGUUGUUUUGUAUGGAGUGAACCUAAUUCUGCCCUUGAUGUCACAAGAUCUUUUGAAGUUCCCAACCCUUUGUAAUCAAUACUACAAAUUAAUCACAUUUAUCUGUGAGAUAUUUCCUGAAAAAAUACCACAGCUUCCUGAGGAUCUGUUCAAAAGUCUGAUGUACUCCUUAGAACUAGGAAUGACAUCAAUGAGUUCGGAGGUUUGCCAGCUUUGCUUGGAGGCCUUGACACCUUUAGCUGAACAGUGUGCAAAAGCACAAGAAACAGAUUCACCACUUUUUCUAGCAACUCGGCACUUUCUUAAGCUGGUUUUUGACAUGCUGGUUUUGCAAAAGCACAAUACUGAGAUGACAACUGCCGCGGGUGAAGCUUUCUACACUUUAGUGUGCUUGCAUCAGGCUGAAUAUUCUGAAUUGGUUGAAACACUGCUGUCAAGCCAGCAAGACCCAGUUAUUUACCAGCGAUUAGCAGAUGCCUUCAACAAGCUCACUGCAAGCAGCACUCCUCCUACGCUGGAUCGGAAGCAGAAGAUGGCCUUCCUAAAAAGUUUAGAAGAAUUUAUGGCAAAUGUUGGUGGUCUCCUUUGUGUAAAAUAAAUAGCAAAACUUUAUGCUUAAUUUAGAGCCUUUCUGCAAAGUGCACUGAAUUGCUGAAGGUUGACUCGAGUCUUGUUCCUGUUCCUCAGUUCUUUGACCAUUUUGGAGUUUGGAGAGUCUGAAAGUUUGAUAUGUAAUGCAGUGAAACAGGCGAGAUCAACUUAAAUCAGCUUCUGCUGUUAGGUGUUAGCCACAAUCUGUCAUUCACAUAUGUGUUGUAGGUUUUGAAUGGAGAUCUUAAAAUUUCAAAAUGAAAUUCCAUAUAUGUGCAAACACAUAUGGGCACCAUGAAAUACAUAUUCAGUGCCUUUUCCCCUUUUAUCAAAACUUAAGUGGCUAGCCAAAGUUUAGAAUUUUUGUUAUUAAAUAUUGGAUGGAUGGAUGCUAGGCCAAUGUUUCUUAAAGGUUUUCCAUGGAUCACUGCAUCUCUUGAGAAGCUUGUUGAAAAGAGAUCCUUGGGCCCAACCCUAGACCUUCAGAAUUUGUGGUUCUUGGACCCUGGGAUCUUAAUUUUAAUAAAUUCUCUGUCAUCACCCCAAAAGUUUUUAGAUUUAAUGCAAAUGAAUUGAAAAUUCUUUUGUGCUUUCAAACUUGUUUCUUCCCUUUGACAAUUAAGUUUGUCACUCAACAGGAAGAAAAAAAAUCACUGGGUGUUUUUUGGCUUCUUUUUAGUUCUGUCUCUCUUUCUUUAUUGUAACAUCAACUUGGUGUUGCAGGUUUUGUGUAAAACAGGUCUCUUAUCAUGCUCUGAACUUGAGGAGGAAAAUACAUGUUUAUUUUUGUUCCAUGAAAAGAACUUUAGGAACUGUAGCCAUUUCAUUGCCUUAAUUUUAAAGAGUAAAAUACAAAAAAAGACAGAUUUGUUUUGGGAAGAAAUCAAAUCUUGAUGCUUCAGAGUUGGUUUAAGGUGUUAGCUGCUAUGAACCUGUUGUCCCUUUUGAUUGUGUAAGUAUUUAUGUGGGUUUAUGAGUGAAAUGAAAGACUCAUUCAUGUGUAGGCUAUCUUUGAGUGUGUUUCUGUCCAGCCAAUAGCCCAUGGCCAACAAUCUACUCUAAACGGCUCGCUCAAGCAAUAACUAUUUUAAAGGAUGUAAAUUACUGAUGCAUACAGACUGUUAUAUGCUGGGGCAUUAGGGGCAAUAAUUAUGCGAGAGUGGGUAUGAUACUCAUUUCACAGGAGCCACAUCAGUUUUAUUUAAAAGAUUAAAAAUUCACUUCAGAUCCUCUAGUUUGAUUUGUAAUCAAGAUUUUUGUUCUGCUGCCAUUUCCCCCUUGAUUUUGUGUGCCAGCUUAAUUAUGGAAUUGAAAGUUCAUUUUAUAAACUGCAGGCAUAUGAAAGUCUAACCAAUACAAUACCAGAAUCACACCACACAGUGACAGUUGAAGGACUCUGUAGUACAAGUGCACUCUGAAACUGGUUUGGAGGAGUGGCCUUUCUCUGUGUUCUUGACACCUAUAUGCUAAACUAUCGUCUGAAUAUAGUUUGAUAUCCACAUUGCAUAUAGCAUAUACUUCUUCACAUGUGAUGCUCUGCAGAACUUUAUAUAACUCUGUAUUAUUCCAAAACAAUUAUAGUUAACAAAACUGGAGCAUCUAAAUUACAUCCAGCCUGUGCAUGUGACACUACAUAUGAGUGAAUGCAAGGCCUAGCACCAUAACUUCGCAAGGAACAUUUCUCUUUUAACUUUAUCACCAUUGAAUAACAAAUAACAAUUGAGGUAGAGCAAAAACAAAAGACUGCUGAGGUGGGGGGAACUAAUCACUUCAUGAAAUACACAUUUUUUUUUGUAUUUUAAAAAAGUACUUUGAACAAUGCAUUAUUUUUAGAUUUCUUCUUUUUUCACUUAAAGAACAUCUGCAACAGUAAUCAUGUUGUUUUCCAUUGCUCUUGAUUUUUAUUUCUCAGCUCCUUCAGGCUUUCUCAGUAGCUAUCAGUUAUUGUGUUGUGUGUGUGAUAUAGUUCCUUUGCCAAAGGGCACUGAAACAAGCAACUGACUGGAUAAUCCACUGGUCAUGACACAGCUGUAAUCACAUUGUUAUGACAGAUAAAAAUGAGUAGGGAAGGAAUGCCUUGGUCAAUAAAAAGGAAUCUGUAUUUAAUAACUUAUCUAGACGGAAAUGUAUUUGCUAAAUUUGCCCAGAUGCCAUUAUGAUACUGCAAUUUUAUUAAACCUGUUUUAAUUAAGACAACUUUUACUUCAGAUUGGACCAAAUAAUACUUAAGAGAUCACCAGAAUGUUGAUUAAUGGGAAACUGGGGAAAGAAGGGAAAAAAACCCACCACCACCUUUUAGGUAAAGGAGAUGCCACCACUUAAUUAGUGGUGGCUAGACAAUUUUCAGGAUGUUUGUGUAUGUGCUUGCCUGGUUUCAUAUGUGUUUAGUUUUUUUAGUUUGGGCCUUUUUUUGCUUUAUUUUGUUCAGUUUUAUCUUUUGCUAUGUUUAUUAGCUUUUCAGUUUUGUUUUGUUUUUUAAUGUUGGCCCAGUGGGUGUCAAAAACACUGGCUUAAUUCUCAUACAUUGAUUUUUUUCCUAUUAAGAUUGACUAUUAAGUUGUUGAAAGACUUUUAAAAACAAAAACCCUAUUUGUGCCCUUUUUAUACAUAUAUGUUAAAGGAACAUUGUCAAGUAUUUGGUUUUUAGAUUUUUGUGUUUUAUAAAAUUUCUGUUGUUCAUAUAUUAUUUUUUAACCUCUAGUUUUCAAUUUGUCCCUUGUUUGAUUUACUUCUCAUUUUAUUUUCCUUGGCCCAUUUGUUUCCCAAGGCACAAUCUCUAGGAGGUCCCAAGAACAAUCACUGAGGACUUGGUAGUUUUAUAAUUUGUAUUUAUGUAACAGCACCUCUGUCUAUGUUAUUGAAGCUCUGUUAAACGUGUUGGUUUCCUUUUCUGGUCCUUCUGCAGAGGGAUAGCUGCCUCAAUAACUGAACUACUUGACAGUAUUUGACAGUAACCUUUGCAACAAUUAUUUAGGUCUUUCUCCCUUGCUAUCUCAUAAUCUGUUGGAAGUCAGUGACAUGUUAACACAACUGCAUUAAAUUUUCAUCAGGUGUAGACUAUGAUAUUUUAUGUUAACAAAAAACUUCACAAUAUUUUUUUUUCAAAUUGAUUUUAAGAACUCAGUCUUAUUUUAUUGUAAACUCUGUAUCUAAUUAUAUUAUAUUACUCUGUUCAGAUGAGAUAGCUACUUUUUUCCCUGCAAUUUUCAUUUCAAAACCAAGCAUUUAUAUGAUUUUCCUCCAUUCAACAUUAACACUCCCCUUUAAUUUUUUUCCUUUACCUAAAAUGUCAAGUCUCUACAUUUCUAAUAUCACCAUGUUUCUCAUUUCUGUUAAUACUUGUGUGGACCCCACAAGUAUUGAAAGGAAUUAGCUGUAAAUUUCCAGGAUCUCAAGUUUGAGUUUCCUAACAUCCAGUGUCAGUUGAACCUAUAAAAUAUUUUUCUCUUACAAUUUCACUUGUGUUCUGUAUGCCAUCUCUGUCAUAAAGGUGGUUGUCAUUAGAUCUUACUGAGUUUGCUGUCUGUGAUGGAUGCUUAUGGUUAUUGGUUCCUAAAUAAAAGAUUAACCUCUUAAGUCAGAAGGAACCUCAGUACUUCUUAGGGUUGUUUUCUUUUUCAGUCAGGGAAUAAGGUACUGAUAUGGGUUAUGCGUUUUUAGCAAUUUUCUAUAGAUUCUUCUACAAACAACAUAGCUGAGUUGAGGAAAUAAUGUUUUAAAUUAUUUUUAAAUGUAAGUGGAUAUUCUCUGAUUUGGUAACUUUUAAAAAUACUGCAUUUAUGAAUUCUUUAAGAAUUGGUUUUCUAAAAUUAAAACAGGUGUAAAUUAGGCAUAUUGCUGAGUUUAAAUUGAUCUGAAUGUACCAUGGUUAAAGUUGAAUUUUAAAUAUCUUUUAAUUUAGAUGUAAGAAAUGUGAAAUAUGCCCAGUUGAAUAUAAUGGGAUCCCAUGACAUGUAGCCAAAGAAUAUAUUUGGUUCAGGUAAAGAUAUAAGCCUCAUACUAAUGGGCAUCCAUUCUGUUUUAAGGAGGAUGGAUGAGGAGAUCUGUUCCUGGCCUCCAGCUCUAUGUGUAACUCUUUCUAAAGACUGAAAUAUUCCAAGGUGGCUUUGGUGGUGAUUUCUUUGUAAGAACUGGGAGAUAUGUCUUGCCCAUUAGGUUCAGAGGGCUUCCUCCCACAACCAUUCUGAGAUAUCAUCCACUGUGGUUUGUUCUUAUUCCAAGGCCUUCCUGGCAGUAGAGAGGUUUUGUUUUCUCUUUUUCACUCUAUAUUCUUAGCCCUCUUAGCUGUUAGGAGCUGUCUUCUAUGUACUAAUAGCUAGUUUUUCUGGCCUGAAAAUAAAUAAUGCAUCUGCACUAUGUACCUAAUGGGGAUCUGACCUACAGUGUGUUCUGAGUACAGGCUUCUUGGCGUGGUAUCUUUAGCCACACAAAAUUAUGAUAAACUGCAAAUAUUGGUAUUGUGAUUUGAUUCUCUGUACAAAAAAAGAAGGUCUAUGCAGUGAGUUUGAGGUUUAAUGGUCACAAAAUGUUAGCACUGCUACCAUUCAGCACGUGUAAAUUUUUUAAAAUUUAUAAAUAUUAAAAUUUUAAACUUACAUUAAGGCUUUUCAGUUUUUUUAAGACACCCAGGGAUGAAUAUACUGUUUAAAUUUUUACCUCUUUGAACAUAACUAAUGAAGGUAUAAAGUUGCAUUUAAUUUUUCAAAAGAUGCUGCAGUAUGAUUUUAGGAAGUAAAUCAAGGCUGUGUGUUAAGCCAGUUACACAAUGAAUAUUAAAUUGAUAAAACUUUAUUUGUAUUUUUAAAAUCCAUAAGUGGGAGUUAAAAUGUGUCUUCACUAAAUAUUUUUAUUACA